AACUUUUUUAGCACGAGAGUGGAAAUUUUAGGUGCAUUAUUUACAGUUUGUAUUCUUUGACAUUUAAAAUUAUGAUAUUGAGUAGAGUUAGGCUUAGUAAAUGUUUUCUGAAUGUGGCACGUCAAAUAAGCAUCAGAACAAAGUCAACAAUGCCAGUCAACGUUGAGAUCAAGGCUUACAUCUCUGACAUCCAAGCUCUGCGAAAAACUGCAGAGAAACUGAGUGAUGCUGGUUGUACCACGCUGAAACAGGAGGACACGUUCUUCGUCACACCUGCUGGUCGGCUGAAGCUGCGCCAGAGUCAGGAUGCUAAGGCCCAGCUGAUCUACUACAAACGCAGCGAUCAAACCGGACCAAAGGUCUCCAACUAUCAUGUCAGUGUCACUGACGAUGCAGAAAACCUGAAGAUGACGCUAGAGAUGGCAUAUGGUAUCAAGGGAAGUGUGAAGAAGACGCGUUAUCUGUACAUGGUGGGUCAGACGAGGGUUCACGUGGACAGUGUCGAGGGUCUUGGAGACUUCAUGGAGUUAGAGGUUCAGAUGAAGCCUGGACAGGCUUUGGACGAAGGCCAGGAGAUCGCCAAUGACCUCAUGACCAAGCUAGGGAUUAAGGAGAGUGAUCUCAUAGAAGUAGCAUACAUGGAUCUCAUUCUCGAAAAGCAAACCUCAAAUGGGAACUGAAUCAUUUCUAGAUGAUCACACAUUUUCUUUGCCUUAGUAGGAGAACCUGUGCAUGUCAAGACAAUGUUUUUGUGGCCAGGGUUAUUUCUUAGUAGUGCUGGGACGAUACACCAAUGCAUCGGUGGAUCGCAAUUUUAUACUUCUCGAUACAAGUAUCAAUCACAGUCGCACACGAAGUAAAAAAAAUCGAUUCUGACCUUAAAUGUUUGCUUUAAUAACUAAACACUAAUUAACAGUUCCACUUAACACUAAUCAGUUGUGCAAGUUAAUAGUAAAAACAUGCAUAUUUUCAUUUGUUGUGCCAUACUUGACACUGCCAACUGUAAAUCAUCAGUGUGCCAGGUAUUAGACCACCCUGUCUAUGAAAAAGAUGGCUUACACACCACAGACAAGAGCGCAUGCUUGUGAGUAAGGUAUCGUGAUACGUAUUGGAUCGCACAGUUGGUGUAUCGUUCCAGCCCUAUUUCUUAGUGCUAUUUUUUUGUACUUAUGGUAACAGGAACUCUUUAACAUUGAUUAAGUUGAUCAAAUAUUUGUUCUUUAGGCCACAUUUUUUAAAUUUUAUGUUUCACGGGUUUAUUCCAUCUUUUCCACACGAGGUCGGUUAAAAUAUAGCUAAAAGUAAAUGUCAAUCAUAUAUUUAUUCACAUGAAACUCAUUCUGCCUUGAAAUUAAAACUGCAGCUGGCCUCUUGAAUCACUGAUGGUGAUGUAGACACAGAAUUUAUAUAUAUCUUGUAUUGUAUAAGUGGGUCUAUAUUACUUGCAGAACACAAUAAAAAUAAAUAUUUUUA